UUCCCUCAAAAUAAAAUAAAAUAAAUUCAAAAAAAUCUUCUCAUUUUCUGACGCUUUUCAUUUUCUCCUCCAUAAAAUGACGAAACUUCCGACGUCGGCGACUGUUAUCCCGGCGACGCUAAUCGACGACGAAAAACCCCUCGGAGAACAACUCUCAGAACCAAUUGUACUCGCUGAACGAGUUCGCGAGUUAGCCAACGAGUCAACCUCCUUCAAACAGGACUGCUAUGAACUCGCUAAAUACGUCGACCGUCUCGCCCACAUGCUCCGCUCACUCGUCCGCUUCACCACCGCUAACUCCUCCGCAAUCUAUGACCGCCCUCUCCGUCGCAUAUCCGCCGAAGUUUCUCGAACCCUUCAUCGGGCCCACACCCUCCUCCGCAAAUGCCGCCGUCGCAGCACCUUCUUCCACCGCCUCGUCAACCUCAUCACCGUCGCUGAUUUCCGGAAGCUUCUCUCUCUCCUCGACACCUCCGCCGCCGACUUACGCUGGCUUCUUUCCGUCUUCCAUGUCGACGCAAACGACGAUAACAUCAAUAACGACGACGUCGUUUUGUCUCUUCCACCAAUCGCAAGCAACGACCCGAUUUUAGCCUGGGUUUGGUCUUAUACAGCGACUGUUCAAAUGGGUUCUUCUUUAACCGCCCGAAUUGAAGCGGGUCAUGAGAUCGGGUUUUUGGCCCGAGAUAAUGAUCGUAACAAGAAGAUAAUUGUUGAAGAAGGUGGGGUUCCGCCAUUGUUGAGAUUAUUGAAGGAAAUUAACUCCGCCGAGGCGCAAAUUACGGCCGCGGUGGCGUUGUAUAAUGUCGCGAAUGAUGGGGAUAGAGUUAGGGUUAUUGUUGAUUGUUUGGGUAUUCCUUUGAUUGUUCAAGUUUUGGGGGAUUCUCCUAUGAGGGUUCAGGUUAAGAUGGCGGAAUUAGUUGCAAGGAUGGCUGAAUUUGAUGGUGGUGUUGCUAAGGAGGAGUUUGGGAGGGAGAAUGUGAUUCGUCCCUUGGUUUCGUUGUUGUCGUUCGAGAUGUUGGAAGACGAACCCGAGAUUAUGAAGAAGAAUCAUCAUAGUAUUCACUCUAUUGUUCAGAUUAAUAGGGAGAAAGAGAGGGAAAAGGAGAGGAUAGGAGGAGAGUCGUGGAAACCGAAGCUGAAUUCGAUUUAUUCGUCGUUUUCAUCGUUGUAUUCGGAUGUUGGGGUUAGUAAAGGAGGGCAGACUAGGAAGGGAAGAGGGAAUGAGAGUGCUGAGGUUAAGAUGGAGCUUAAGAUUAGCUGUGCUAAGGCACUUUGGAUGCUUGCUAAUGAUAGUGUUGCGAACAGUCAUAGGAUUACUGAGACAAAAGGGUUGCUUAGUUUGGCUAAGUUGAUUGAGAGAGAAACAGGGGAGUUGAGGAAGAUUUGUGUAAUGGCUGUAAUGGAGAUUACAUUGGCUGCUGAAUCGAAAGCUGACCUUCGAAGGUCGGCUUUCAAGACGAGUUCCCCUGCUGGUAAGGCAGUGGUGGUGCAGCUUGUAAGGGUGAUCAAAGAGUCUAGUGAUCCUGCUUUGCAAAUUGCAGCUAUAAAAUCAAUUGGAUGUCUUUCUAGGACAUUCUCUGCAAAAGAGACUCGAGUAAUCGGGCCUUUGGUUGAGCAGCUUAGCAGUAAUAAUCAUGAGGUUGGUACUGAGGCUGCUGUUGCUCUAGCAAAGUUUGUUGAUCCGGAGAAUUUCCUGUGUCAUGAACAUUCUAAGGCGAUCAUCGAGUUUGAUGGGGUAGUUCCUUUGUUGAGAUUGCUUAGGGAAAGCGAGAGGGCUCAAGUAAAUGGAUUGGUUCUCCUUUGUCACCUUGCUAUAAACGCUGGCAACAGCGAGGCAUUAGAACGAGCUAGGCUUCUGACCGCCCUAGAGGGGACUGAUCGAAAUCUUACUGCUCAGUAUCCUCAGUUGAGAGAAUUGAUUGUCAAGGCUAUGUACCAUCUUGGUCUCUACCAUGGAGAUGCUCAUCCUCUUAGGCAAGCUUCGCUGCGUAUAUAAGAUAGGAAAAGGGGGUUUUUGUGUAAUGUAAAUAGACAUUCUGGAAAAAUAGUUUUGUAAUUAGUGUGUAGAGAGGGAAAGUAAUGAGAGAAUACAGGUUCACUUCAUUUUUAAUAUUUGUCCAUGAACUUUUGUAGCUGGUCACCUUGGACCUUGUACCUGGAGUAAAUCUUUUGCUAAUUUUAUUGAACAAAUUAGACUAUAUAAUUACCAUUUCUUUAA